AUGGCGAGUCAGGCAUUCAUUGUAGCGGCCAAGCGAACUCCGUUUGGAGCGUUCGGUGGCAAGCUCGCUGGCUUCAGCGCUUCGCAGCUGGGUGGUCUUGCGUCCAAGGCGGCACUCUCUGAGCUGCCCUCCUCGACCAAGGUCGACGCUACGAUUUUCGGUAAUGUUCACGCGAGCGACAGUACAGCUGCAUACCUGGCGCGUCACGUUGGACACCAUGCGGGACUGCCCGUGACAGUGCCUGCUUUGACGGUGAACCGACUGUGCGGAUCGGGUUUUCAGAGCAUCAUCAAUGCUGUCCACGAGAUCCGCGUGGGCGACUCGGCCGUCGUGCUGACCGGCGGUACCGAGUCCAUGUCUCAGGCGCCGUACACUCUGUCCGGCGUGAGGUUUGGCAACACGAGGUACGGCCAGGAUCUCAAGUUGGUCGACUCGCUCGCCGCGGCAUUGACGGAUCAGGUUCCUACGCCGACACCGAUGGGUAUCACGGCUGAAAACUUGGCGGCCAAGUAUGGCAUCACGAGACAGCAGUGUGACGAGUACGCGUUGCAGUCGCAACAGCGCUACCAGAAGGCGUUGGCAGACGGAGCGUUCAAGGACGAAAUUGUGCCUGUCGAGAUCAAGUCAAAGAAAGCUACCGAGAGCUUCCAAGUGGACGAACACCCGCGUGCCAAGACCACUGUGGAAAGUCUCGGAAAGCUCCCCAGCGUUUUCAAGAAGGAAGGCACCGUUUCUGCCGGUAAUGCCAGUGGUAUCUGCGACGGUGCAGCCGCCAACGUUAUCGCUUCGGAGGAAGCGCUGAACAAGUUCGGCCUGAAGCCUUUGGCACGUAUUGUUUCGUACGGUGUCACUGCCUGCGAACCCAGCAUCAUGGGAAUCGGGCCCGUCGAAGCGUCCAAGCUGGCGCUUAGCCGCGCCGGACUCAAGGUGUCGGACAUGGAUCUCAUCGAGGUCAACGAGGCCUUCGCAGCGCAGUUCCUGUCCGUCCAGAAGGAGCUCGAGCUGCCCAACGACAAGACUAACGUCUUCGGUGGCGCGAUCGCCCUCGGUCACCCUCUUGGCGCUAGUGGCGCUAGGAUCAUGGCUAACCUCACGCACAAUUUGAUCAGGCUCGACAAGAAGUAUGCGCUCGGCGCCGCGUGCAUCGGCGGAGGCCAGGGUAUCGCCAUCAUCAUCGAGCGCGUCUAA